AUGGUUUCCGAAUGCGUUGACGAUGUUGUCGGUGUGCCUGAUAAGGAUAUGGUGGACGUGAAGGAUGAGGUCCCCGUCUCCGUAACGGUCACAGUCGAUACCAUUUCUGACGGCAUAGAGGAUGAAGUGGCUAAUGUCCGUGUUGAUGUGAUUGUCAUUGUUGUCAAUUCCACUGAAGCUGUGGAUGAGGUGGAGGGACUCACAGUUGUUGUGACUGUGACAGUUGACACCGUUCCCGAAGUUGUUGAUGAAGUUGAUGAAGUCGUAGUGGAAGAGGUGGAGGGACUCACAGUUGUUGUGACAGUAACAGUUGAUGCCGUUCCUGAACUUAUGGAGGAAGUCGACGAAGUCGUAGUGGAUGUACUGGAUGGACUCACGGUUGUUGUGACUGUGACAGUUGACGCUAUUUCCGAAUUUGUCGACGAAGUCGUCGUAGUAGUGGUGGAUGAGGUGGAGAGACUCAAGGUUGUUGUGACAGUGACAGUUGACGCUGUUCCUGAACUUAUAGAGGAAGCCGAUGUUGUUACCGCAGUGCUUGUCUCUGUGAUUGUGUUUGAAGUGAUCGAGAACGUAGAAGAAGGUGUCCUGGUCGAGGAGGGGGUCCAAGUAGUCGUGAUGGUCGGUCCUGACGUCGUCAAAGUAGCUGUUGUUGUUGCAGUAGUUAUCACUGUAACUGUUAUCUUUGUUGCUGUUACCUGUGUGGGCGUUGUCUUAACCCCGUUCCAAACCUCUUGA